GGGCAUUUGUGAUUACCUGGCUGCAUUCUGGAAACUACCCAGCCACACCAAGGCAGGUGACCCGCCCUCUGCCCCAGAUUGAGGAAGCAGGAAAAGGUGGCAGCGCGAGGCGGUGGGCAGACGUGCUGGGCAGACGUGCUGGGCGAUGGUGGUCAGAGCUCCCCUGAGGAUGGGCUUUCUCUGGGGCUUGGCUCUGUCCCUUUUCUUCUGCUGGGAAGCUGGGGCCCCCAGGAGCUCUGCAGGCCCCAGCACCAGCAGACCAGGUCCUUUGGUGAUGACAAACCACAUAGAAGAGCCUGCCAUGACUCCGGGAAUCCGGACAAAUUCAGAGAGAGACUUCCAGACCACUGACCUUGUCGAGACCUCUGUGCCAAGCCAUACCCCUUUGGAAACUCAAACCCUGAGCACCCAGACCUUUGAUAGGAACUUAAUCCUGACCAGUGCCAUUUCAGAAGCAGAGACCAGGAAAACCGAGACCACUUUUCGUGCAACAGAGACCAGGGUCUUCACACAAAUGACACCGUCCAAGUUCACGGUUAUGAUCACCACUCCUAUGGAGGCAUCAGCUACAAGUGGAAGCCCCAUGGCAACUGGAAGGACCACAGUGGAGACUAUAAUAGGCAGUGAUCUUGUGGACGCUGUCUUUGACAUCCUUUGUACUGAUGACAGCUCAGAAGAGGUGAAGAGGCUCAUAAUUGAUGUCUUGACAUCAGCUCACACCUCUGCAGAAGACGAGGGCCUGGCCUUGGACAGCAGCGUCUUCUCGGACCACUCAGUUCUGGCCAUCACCGUCUCACAGGCCCUGGCACCCGACCAGAAUGCUUCGGCUAAAGACUGGCUUGCCUACAGCCUCACUGACAUGGAGGUUACCAACUGCAGCGUCACAGAAAUACUAACAACUGCCACCAGCCUUGGGACCUCUGACGUAGCUCUCGACCCCACAGGAGGAAAGACCCCAUCUUCCCUUGAUGUGUCAGCUUUGCUUCAUUCCACCAAAGCAGAACCACACUUCACCAAGACCAUGACCUCCGCAGAGAUUUCGUCAGCAGCCAGUGCCACAGAACCAGCCACACCUGAUACCCCAGUUGAGACUCUGCUACCUGCUAAGAGCACCAUAGAAGGAGGAACAACAGCAGCUGAGCCCAUGACCCCCAGCACAACUUUGGUGACAGUCAGCAUUGGACCCUGGGAAGAAACUACAGUCCUCUCUGUGGAGACGACAAGCCACACCAAGGUCUCAGGAGUGGUUACGAUCUCCACAGAGACCGGGUCAACGGUAGGUAAAGUGGCUUCCCCUGCUACGGCUGACAGCCACAGCCAUGGAGCCACUAGCAAGAACUCCAGCCCCUCACAGCCUCGUACCACAGACAGAACAAUCGAUGGGUCUGUCCCCAUCAGCAGGAGCACUUUUCCUUCUGCCCACCUGAUUAUGGCCAAUAGCAGCCUCGAGGCAAACAUCACCUCAGUCAAGACCACAACCUUAGCCAAGAACUUGAAGACAACCAGCAGGGCUGGAGGGAAGGCCCCAACUGCUCUGCCCACCACUGCUAAGCCAAGGGGGACCACAGAAGCUACUGCAGGUGGGGAUGGAGGCUUUCUCUUCCUGCAGCUGAGAGUGGCCUCCCCAGAAGACCUCAGUGACCCCAGAGUGGCAGAGAGGCUGAUGCAGGAGCUCUGCCAGGAACUGCAUACCCAUGGACCUCCCAUCCACGUCUCUCUGCUGCGCAUCAGGAGGGGCUAAGGAACAUCUGCUGUGCCAGAGGGGCCAGUGCUGCCUGCCUGUGGCCUGGAAUACCCCCCACCCCACCCCAUACACAGACUGGAGCUACAGAGCUAAGAUAUACCUGGAAGAUUCCCAAGAGGUCAGCUGACCUAAGCCCUUACCCGGACAUGGCAGUGGGACACUGGCUCACAUAUGCCUUAGAGUGGGUGUGUGUGUGUGUGUGUGUGUGUGUGUGUGUGUGAUGGUGGGGGUGGUGUGGGAGUGGAGCUUCCCUUGUUCCAAAGAUGUCCUUGGACUUCCUUUGCCACAUGUGUUACGUUUCAGUAAAGAGUGAUCUGAUCACCCAUCUGUCCACCCUCUUGGUGCUCCCAUUAGCCAUUAAAAUUGCACACAGUGUGACCCAGAGGCGACCUAUUUGAUCAAUAUGGGACUUUUUUGGUGUUGACGUUUUUAUGAUAUUGGGAUUUUAUGCAUCCUCCUUACUCCCUCCCUCCUUCAUUCUCCCCUGGUUCUUGGUUGAGACCUCGAUUACAGGACUUACGGAGGCUGGCCCCGGAGCCUGUUGAACUCUGAGCUCCUUCAGAGCUGGGCCUGUAUUUAUCUCAGCAUCCCCUGAACCUGAGCAGAGUGCCUGGUCUGUAGUAGGAUCAUAGAGAAUGUUUUUUGGAUUGCCUUGACUUUCAAGUUCUGGGUAUAAGCAGAUCACAAGAAGGUCUGCAGUACUCGAUUAUUCCUCCCCUCUAGCUCAUAAGUCAAGUUAUUAUUAUUAUUUUUAAGAAAUUAAAUGCAGCUAUGGGGCACCUGGGUCGCUUAGACGGUUAAGUGUGCGACUU